GAGGAUUGAACACGUAAAGUUGGAUAUCUAAUCUCUGUCUCCGGCAUCAAUGGCGGCCCAACCUGAAAGCGAUCCCUUCAAAAUCCUCAACAUCGCCCUAAACCCAGAUGGAUCUCUCACCAGACUCCGCGAAUUCCCCAAAUUGCCCGCGUCGGAGCAUCCCGACCAACUCUGUCUCUCCAAAGACGUCAUUCUCAAUCCGAACAACAAAACCUUCAUCCGCAUCUUCAGGCCCCGGAAUCUCCCGCCGGAGAUCAAGAUCCCGGUGAUCGUCUACGUACACGGCGGCGGAUUCAUCCUCUUCAGCGCCGCCUCCGGGCCGUUCCAUGAAUCAUGCAGUCGCAUGGCCGAUCGGCUUCAGGCUGUCUUCCUCUCCGUCGAGUACCGUCUCGCUCCCGAGCACCGACUCCCGGCGGCGUACGAAGACGCCGUCGAAGCGAUCUCGUGGCUCCGGGACCAGGCUUGUGGAUCCAACGGCGGCGGAUGCGAUCCGUGGUUAAUGGACGGCGUUGAUUUCUCGAGGUGUUUCCUCAUGGGUUCGAGCUCCGGAGGAAACAUCGUCUACAACGCGGCGUUACGACUCGUGGACGCCGAUCUGAGCCCACUGGUGAUCCAGGGGCUGAUAAUGAACCAGGCGUUCUUCGGCGGCGUGGAGCCGUCGGAUUCGGAGACACGGCUGAUCAACGACAGGAUCUGUCCGCUGGCGGCGACUCAUCUCAUGUGGUCGCUCGCGCUGCCGGAGGGGGCCGGCCGCGACCACGAGUACAGCAACCCGGUGGGGAGCGGUGGGACCCAGGAGAAGAUCGGUCGGCUGCCGAGGAGUCUGGUGAAAGGGUACGGUGGAGAUCCACUGGUGGAUCGUCAGAAGAUACUGGCCGACAUGCUGGAGGCGCGUGGAGUGCACGUGGUGAGAAGGUUCGAAGAGGACGGGUUCCAUGCCUGCGAGCUCUUCGACCGGACCAAGGCCGAGGCUCUUUACGUCGACGUCGAGGAAUUUAUAAAGUCUUCGGGGACGGCCGCUUCGAACAUGUAGUUCACGUGCCGUCUUUGGUGUCUGGACUAUGAAAUGUGGGAAGAAUAAGUUGUGGUAUGAUUAUGCCUUCGUAUUCCGUCUUUAUUAUAAAUCCGAGUAAAUAAAAUUUCCCACCAUUCAUCAAAUGUCACUCUUUAAUAACACUACAUGUUUUUCAUUCUAA